AUGAGUGCCACAAAAGUUAUUCAGCUCCUUGAACAUCCGGAUGAAUUUAAAGCAGCCGUCCAAUUAAAAUUCUUUAGGAAGCAAGCUGAUGUUCAUCCAUCCAGUGACUCAGAGAAAGAGUGCCUCAAGAUGUUGAAGAUCACAUCACGAUCUUUUGCUGCGGUCAUUAUGGAACUUGAUGCUGAACUCAGAAAGCCAAUUAUGAUAUUUUAUUUGGUUUUGCGUGCAUUAGAUACCAUUGAAGAUGAUAUGACUGUGCCUAAUGCUGUUAAACUACCAACAUUGGAAUCAUUCCAUAACAACCUCAAAAAAACCAAGUGGACCUUUAAUGGAACUGAUCCAAAGGAGAGAGACAGUAUUACCCUUACAAGAUUUGAUAAGAUUCUUGAUGUUUAUCAUGAAUUAAAGCCAGAAUAUCAAGACAUCAUCAAGGAUACGACAGCUAAGAUGGGAGCUGGAAUGGCCAAAUAUGCUCGGGAUGAGGACUUCAAGUUGAAUGGAGUCAGAACAGUUAAAGAUUAUGACUUAUAUUGUCAUUAUGUUGCUGGUUUGGUUGGUGAAGGUUUGACUAAAUUGAUCACUGCUGCAAAAUUCGGUUCACCUACACUUUUGGACAGAAUGAAUCUCUCCGAGUCUAUGGGUUUAUUCUUACAGAAGACCAAUAUAAUAAGAGAUUAUAAGGAGGAUUUAGAUGAUGGUAGAACGUUCUGGCCUAAGGAAGUUUGGGGUAAGUACGCUAAGAACUUGAGUGACUUUGAAAAGCCAGAGUUCAUCCAGAAGGGUGUUUAUUGUAUUAGUGAGCUCGUUUUGAAUGCAUUGGGAGAAGCUAAGGAUUCCCUCACCUAUUUAUCACUUAUAUACGAUCAUUCGACUUUCAAUUUUACUGCAAUUCCACAGGUUAUGGCUAUUGCAACACUAGCCGAAAUAUUUGAAAAUCCAUUGGUUCUCAAGCAGAAUGUUAAGAUUAGAAGGGGAACGACUGCGAAGUUGAUUCUGGAAUCUAGAACCUACAGCGGUGUUUUGGACAUCUUCAGUCAUUAUUUGCGUAUUAUCCAUCAUAAAUGUCCAGUUGCUGAUCCAAACUAUUUAGAGAUAUCUCUUAAGUGUGGUGAGAUCGAGCAAUACUUGGAGGAAUUGAAUCCUGAUUCUUCACAUUUGCCUAAAGGUGCUAAGCCAAUGCAGACCCAGAGUUAUCUAGAUGCCCAGAAGAAGUUGGAAACAGAUGUCCCAUUACAGAAAGUUAUAGAGAAGGAGACUAGUGCAUGUAAUGCUGCUGUUACUUUUGUUGGAAUUACUUUUGUGUCCCUCCUAUACUUUGCCUACUAUUUCUACGUUCAGUCGGUUUGA